AUGAUCAACUGGCUCUCUCUCGGGACCAUCUUCGUAUGGAGCUCCUCUAUCCUGGCUCGGAACUCGACAAGUGGCAAUAGUACAGAAAGCAAUGAAGCUUCUUCCAACUUGGAUUUUGGACCUAUAAACUUUGCAGGGUACACAAACUAUGUGUAUAGGGACAAUGUGACUUCGGUUCAGAUCUUGUUGACUGAUACGUCCUCUUCAUACAUCCCUUCUAGGUUCAUCACCGCCUUCCCACAUGGAAAUAAUGGCGCUUUAGUCUACUUCGUUCCUCUUAAUUCCACACACUCAAAUUCACCCUCGAAUGCCUCUGGCAAUUCCACUCUGCAUACCACUGCCCUCGGUGCAACUUUGAACUUUUCCUCCGUAUCUUCUGUGAACCAAGAGUACAAUCAGACCGGCGUGACAGGUGAAAUCUCGGUCAGUGCAGAUCUUCAGUUUGGGGUCACUUUGAUCGGCGGAGUAAGAACCCUUCGAGACUAUGUCGAGAGCGGCGGGACUGUCUUCCAUUCCAUCUUCAACUACACUCUUGGACCAUACAAUGACUCGAGCGUCACCCUGAUUAGACAUUGGAUCAAUGGCUCGACCGUGCAGUACUUUCAAUGGGAUACCGUGUCAAAUGCCAACAUUUCCGUCAUACCCAAUUCGAACGCUACCAUCCCCCCAAACAUCACAAUCACGCGACCUGAUCAAUCGUCCAAUGCCACUAUCCGCUUCACCUUCAUCUACAACUUUACAGAGACCACACCCGUGACGCCAUAUGUCCCCUUAAUUGGAUUGGGCCGAGAGCAGCUGUUUCUGACUGAAGCGGCCAAUGGCAGUGCACCGGCAUUACAAAGCGUCUUGACCUCUAUCCAGGAGAAUGGGUCUGCCAUUGCUGAUCAGACUGCUUUCUUGGCUUAUGAAUCAAAGUUCUUAGCGGGAGGAUGGAGGUUCCUAACCUACUUUGGACGAGAUACAAUGUUGGCCUUACGGCUCUUACUUCCCGUCAUCUCCACCACUAGCGCCGAGUCGAUCCUUGGAGCCGUACUCGAACGGGCCAACGAGACUGGAACACUGUGUCACGAAGAGACCGUGGGCGAUUACGCUUCAUUCAUCAACAUCGGAAACAAUCAAUCUUACCUUGGAAAUACGCCCUACUACUCGUACAUCAUGCUCGAUACGGACUUCCUACUCCUGCCCGUCUUGUCCGAAUAA